UCACACUCAGUGCGAGUGUAAGUAGCAGCGUAGAACAUAGAACAUGAAAACAUAACAGUAAACAGACAUACAGCGUUGAACCGUUGAGUGUAUGACUGUGUGUAGUGUACGUUGGUAGAACUUGUAAAUACUCACACGGUAGUACUGUGUCAGUAGUGUGAUGUGGAAACAUGGGAAGUAAACUAUAAUGAAAAUGAAUUUUCUGAAACGACAUGAGGUAUACAGAACCUUACCAAAAACAAUUUGUAACUAGAAUUCAGAAAACUGCUGGUUUGGAGAUGAAAUAAAGAGCAUCUUUCCAACAGUCUGUAUUCUCAUUUGGUUGAAUUGUUGGCCUCAAAAGACCCACUUUAAUAUUUUCCCUAGUGAGAUUUCCUAAGCAGAAGAUGGAAAUAGAAAGAGAAAAUUGGAAUUUGAAGAAACCAUUUAAAGUGGCUGUUGAGGGAAACAUAGGCUCUGGAAAAUCCAAACUACUGGAGUAUUUCUCGAGGUUUCCUGCUGUUGAAACUUAUAAUGAACCCAUUGACGUCUGGCGUAAUGUGCGUAGUCAUAAUCUGUUGGGGCUUCUAUAUGAAGAUCUGAAACGAUGGAACUUUAUGUUUCAAAACUAUGUACAGUUGACACGAUUAUCUAUACAAACCCAAGAAAGUGCCAAACCUAUUCAAAUGUUUGAAAGAUCUGUUCAAAAUAACAGGUACUGUUUUGUAGAGAUGGCACAUCAACAGGGCCUUCUUGAAGAUCCUGAAUAUGAUGUUCUUUGUGAGGGUUAUGACUGGAUUAAGAGGAACAUGGAUAUUCAGCUAGAUCUGACAGUGUACCUGAAGUGUCCACCAGAGAUUGCCUAUGAGCGAGUAGUGCAACGAAGUCGUCCUGAAGAGAAAACAGCAGUUUCACUUGGCUAUUUGACAGAUCUGCACCACGCGCAUGAGCAGUGGCUAGUACAAAAUCCUCCAGCACAUAUAGUCACAUUGGAUGCAAGUGUAGGUCUGCCUGCAAUGGAGCAGCAGUAUGAAAAAGUGAGAACCGUUGUGCUGAACAGAAUUGCUGAAAUGACGAGACUGUGAAAGAAUCAUGGCAGUUGCAUUAUACAGGUUGUGUCUCUUAGGAGUUCGUCAGGCGCAUUUUCUCUGGUGUUUCGACAGAUAUCUGCUAUUUUGUGUCAGCAAUAUGAAGCUGUAGUCAGCCCAAACAAACUCCACUCAGCACAUCCUUCAUGCAAUGCCCAUUGUCGACGGAAAGCGUCGGUUUGUUACCCAUUACAAAGUAAAUGAUUUCUGAAGCAGAUUUUAUGCGCCAAUUCGAUCGCUGCUGCAUAGUUGUAGGAGCCAGCGUGGGCCAGAGCAGGUGCUUUACUGCCCCUGUUAAUACAUAUCGAUGAAAUGAAUAUCGCAAUAGGCUAAUUUUGGACUGCUAUCGAAUGGACACGAAAAAUUCCGCCUUGAAAAUCAUUUUGUUUGUAACAGAAAACAAAUAAAUGCUUUCCAUUGACAAUGGAUAUUGCCUUGAAGACGUGAUGGUCAGUAUUCGUUUGGAUAGACUCCCACUGCACACUGCAAAAGAGAAACUGCAGAUAUCUGGAGAAACAAAAGAGAUAAAGUUCUGGCGACUCUUAGGAGAGACACGCAGUAUAUAUUUUUGUUGUUAGUAAUUCCCAUUCCUUGUACGAUACACUUGUCAGGCUUCCGCCCUCCACUGUCCUUCCUACCUGCCACCCAUUUAAACUGUUCACAGCUCCGAAUUUGACAAUUACGCUGAAUGUAGCUUUUGAAUUAAGUUCGUGGGAAUUAACAGUGGAGAGUUGUAUGAUUCAUGUAGUUCAUAACUAAACCCCUGAGAUAACUGUUUAUAUUUGAAGAUAUUUUGAGAAAAAAAUAGAGCUCUGCUCUUAGUCUCAGUACUGAUUUGCCGUGGAAAACAAGUUAUUCUCUCCAUUCUUCUUAAUCCUUUCAUGACUUGUCCAGAACAUUCUUGUCCCUCAUUGACGAACAGAUUUAUCUUAGCAUAGUAUUAGUUGGAAGCCCUCUUUUUUCCUUCCAUUCACUAUCCAGUUCAGUAUACAUCUGAAAACAUUUUCUUCGUGCAUCACUUUAAUGUACCAACAUCUUUUAAGUUGCUUCUGUUCAAUAACAUCAGUAAUACUUCAUUGAGUUUUCUUUUUCCUUUAUUAUUUCAUUUCAUAUUUUUUCUUCUCUUGGUAUUAUUGUUGAAUGUUUACAGAAAUUCCUCUCUGUUGCUAAUAGCUUUGAUUCAGUUGGCGUUUCAUUGUCAAACUUCUAAACAGUGUGCAAUAAUGCUUGUAGCUGUUGUUCUAUGUAUUGUGGUGCAGUUGUUAUUCUUGUGUGUUUACUCCACGGAAUUGAAUUUAACAAAAAAUUGUAGAUUUCUUGUCCAAAUUCACUGUCUAGUUUUCCCUCAUUUGUCAUUUUCACCCCUGGGUAUUUUUACCCUUUAGUAGGUGUUAUUGUACCCACCCCUUCUUCCAGGGCUAGAUGUUCGUUUAUUACAACAAUUCUCAUACUUUUACGGCUUUUCUGUAAACGUAUAGUGUUUUCUGAGUAUAUUGUAUAUAAUCUGGAUGAAAUACAAUACUCCUGUUGUAAUAUUUUUGUAAAUUGGAAUUUACAUAUUUUAAUUUUUGAUAUUGACAUUUUGUGUAAAUUUUUGUAUUAUGUAUAUUACUGCUGGUUUUUUUUAGUUGAUAUAAAGAUUUCCAUAGAAUGGCUAAAUGUGCACUGUUAGGAACACUAAAUGAGCAGGUUGUAUUUGAAUUCAUUUGUUCUGAUUUCUUUAUGGGCAAAAAUGUGAUCUGUGCUGCUUACUUCAUCUUAUUCAGUCUUUAUAUUCUUGUUUAAAAUGUUUAAUAAUUUGCCAUAAAAUCUGCUUAAAUUGCAGUCUGCUGUUAUACCGUUAAAAUUUUUACAGUUACGAUGUCUUUUGUGACACCAAAAUAUACACUACUUUACAGUCACUUAGUAUAUACUGUGUGUUUAAAAGAUUCAGACAUCUCUUAACAGGUUUGUUUUAUAUAAGUGUUACACUAUAUGACUGACAGUACUUUUUUGUCAUAGAUGUUCUGUCUCAUUUUACGAAUAUAUUCCUACAUUUGGUGAUAAAAUUCGUGUGUGAAUAUUUUUUUUCGUAUUUUGUACACUGAAGUUAAUAAUAAAUUUCCGUUAUAUCUAGCAAUGUUAAAUAAAUGAAAAGUCAUCACGAUAUCAGAACACAUUUGUUGUUGUGUUGGAGUGUUUAUAAAGGCUUUUAUAUAAACAAUAUGUGUGUAUUGUAUAAGUGAUAUAGGAUGUUAAAAUACCUGUUCAUGGUAAGAUUCAUGAGCAACUCUUUCACAUCAUAGCUUUUAGUCUUCAUGUAACUGUCUCGGUCUUUACACAUUUUUAUAUUUUUUCUAGCAGUCAGAAGUGUGUAUUGAAGAAAGAUGUACAAUAGAUUUAGUUGAAAUCAGAUUAUGAAAUUUUAAAAAUGACCUCAAUGAACAGUUCUUAAUAAUACUAGUGUUUAGUCUUUCUCAAGCAGCUGCCUGUACUCUCGGUCAUUCUAUAUUAUUGUGUGUAGCACUCAUCAGCGACAAUAUUGAAAAAGAUCUGAUUUUACUUAAUUUUUUAUCCAAAAGUAAUUUCAGUGUAUAUUUGUACUUGAGAAUUAUAGGUCAGUUUUUGUUGUAGGAAUUUCUG